UUGCUGAAAUGUUGAAGCUGUUCUGCUUGUUUGCUGCUGCCCUCGUGCUCUUCCACGUGGACAUUACUUCAGCAUGUGGAUCUUCAACUGAUUCUGAGUACAUUCAAAAUCCUGUAUUCCAAAUGCAAAUUAGUCCUCCAGUUGGUUGGACAUACUUCCCAUCGACUCCAUCUGUGACAAGUCAAGCUAUCUGGUACUUUGUUGGUCAAUCAAAUGACACAACCACUGCCAAAAACCGCGCUGAUGCUGAGCUAACUGCUGCCAUGCUGGAAGCACUGAUUGCUGCAAAUAUGCAAACACAAGGAGUGACAAUUGCCAAUGAUUUCCAGCCAAUUCAAAUUGAGAAUCCACAGACGACAACUCCAACUGGAAGUUUAUACGGAAAGGUUGAAGGUGGAGCACUUGUAUCAACAGCUCCAGGAGUCACAACUGGAGCUAUUCUGACCUAUACACCAUAUCAUAUAACUCUUCGAGUCACUGUCAACAAUAUUGGAGCAACUCGUUUCUAUUGGAAUAUUGCUGAAAACACAUUCCUUCAAAAGAUGACAAUGAAUUACAAGGCUCAAUUUACAGGAGAUGUUACUGUAACAAAAGUAUAAUUUAUUUGAAUUGUUCUGAAAAUUGUACUAUUCAUUUCAUUCAUAACGUAUGCUCUUUAAUAAUUUAAUUUCAAAACAAAUAAUCAAAUAAACGCAUAUUUAUUGUCGUA